AUGAAAGUUUACAUGUUUAUUUCAUGUCACAUAACUUCUUUAUUGGUUUUUUCUCUGUCGGUUCUUUUAUACGGCUGGGCUGUUUUGUAUUAUGAUGGUUAUUUACCACUGUUUCCGUCGUAUUUGUUCAACUCUCCUUCACCGCCGCCGGUGCGAAAGCAUGCGUCGUACGAAGUUUCGUAUUUCAUCGAACCCAUUGAUUUUCUGCAUGAUGCGAGGGUUUACGUUGGUAGAGAAUCAGCACUCGCAAGGCCUGUCCAUGACAGAGGCAGUGAAGCCGAAGCCUUGGCGACUCUUCACGCGGCGAACGGGUUUUGCAGGAAUGGUAAGUUUGAUAAAGCAGAGAAGCUUUAUGAACAUGCGCUGGCUCUCCAGCCGAAUCACCCGGAUAUCCUUACCGAAUACGGCAUUUUCGUCGAAAAUUACAGCGGCGACAUCGUCAAGGCGAAUUUCCUCUAUAGUCGAGCCCUGAUCUUUCGUCCGGAUCACUCUGUUGCUAAGGAAUAUAGUGCUAAAACCAAGCCAAUUGUCGCAGAAAUCGAUGCCGACAUGAUGCGAAUAUUGGACGAGAAGCGAGGCAUGUUCCUGCGUAUACCGCGUGGCAACUCGGCUCUGCGGCGUGCCAUGCGCGAGUCGUACAUUGCUCAUGUGUACCAUACUGUCGCCUUGGAGGGCAACACGAUGACGUUGAUGCAGACGCGGUCAAUUCUUGAAACGAAGUUGGCUAUAGCUGGUAAAAGCGUGAUGGAACAUAACGAGAUUUUGGGCUUGGAUUCCGCGCUACGCUUCAUCAACUCCUCAAUGACGAAUCGAAUCGGCGCAAUCACUAUCAACGACAUUUUGGAUAUUCAUAAGCGGGUACUCGGAUACGUGGAUCCGGUCGAGGCGGGGAGGUUUCGAACGACCGAGGUUUUCAUCGGAAAAUUUACUCCCACGGAGCCGCAGCUUGUGGAACAGGAAAUGAACGAAUUCAUUACAUGGAUCAAUUCAGAAUCCGCAGUCGAAAUUCACCCUGUUGAAAUGGCUGCCAUCGCUCAUUACAAGUUUGUCUCUAUUCAUCCGUUCAUCGACGGCAAUGGUAGAACGGCCCGUCUGCUCAUGAACUUCAUCUUGAUGCAAGCCGGCUUCCCACCUGUCACGAUCCGAUUGGAAGAUCGUCCUGAGUAUUAUGACAAGUUAAUUUUGGCGAAUGAAGGCGAUCUUCGUCCGUUUGUUCGUUUCAUUGCUAAAUGCACAGAGAGAACGUUGGAAGAAUAUCUUCGUUGCGUAACUGAACAUAAGCCUUCUACGGUCGAUACCAUUUCUUCCGUGGCACGUGAUUUACACCGCAUUCACUUCACGAAUAUUCCCGAUCGGUAGGG